CGGCAACACUACCCCAAUAUUCUCGACAACCUUCUCCUCAGCCACAACACCGAGGCUUUCAACAACAGCUCCACUCCCAGAUGCAGCAGCCAUCACCACCGCAUGCUCAUGUUCCGGUGUAUCAACAGCCGGCUCCUCAGAAUCCGGGAUACCAACCGCCGCUUCAGAAUCCGGCCUACCAACCGCCGCUUCAUUAUCCAGGGUUUCAACCUCCGCUUCAGAAUCUGGGAUAUCAGCCGCCGGCUCCUCAGAAUCUAGGGUUUCAACCGCUGCCAGCUCCUCAGAAUCAGGAGCAUCCACCACCGGCUUAGAAUCAGGAGGAUCAAGACUUCCAACAGCUCCUUGAUGAUUUGCUUGCACUUCCUGGUCGACAGCAUCUUCCGAUCUUGAGUCCGCACUCCAUCCCCAACACUCAAAGUAUAUGGUUUGGACGAGACAAAGGAAAGCUAUCUCGUGUUAUUUCUGGGAUUUUUAGGAGAAAGUUUGAUGGUCCAUACUUCAGCUGGAAGGCUACGCCCUUACACAUACGAGAGAGAUAUUUUAGAUCCUUUGCGCGGAAAUACAACUGGGAUGUUGCGAUUAUUGAGCUUGUGAGAGAAGGAUUUUUGAAGAUAGCGAAAAAAAGAAUGAAAGUAAUUGUAAGCCAAUCGAAGCUUAGUGGUGAGCAACCGAUUUGGAUCAAUCCUACGCUAUGGAAACAAAUGUGGGAGCAUUGGGACACACCCGAAGCUAUUGAGAAGAGCUCUAAUGCAUCCCAAGCCCGUAAUUCUAAUCGUGGCGGUCUUGGACUCCACAAACAUCUAUCCGGCCAGAAAUCUUACUUGCAAAUUCAACAAAAGUUGGAAGAAAAAUUGGGACAUCCUGUAUCGCUUGGAGAAGUGUUUGUCGCAACACAUACAAAGGCAGAUGGAAGUUUUGUUGAUCAGAAGGCGAAACAAGUUGCUGAGACAUAUGAGAAGAACAUAGAAGAGGUAAUGUCUCAAAUGGAGUUUGAUGGUCCUGAUGCUACAGACCACUCGCCAGAAUCUACUCAUCCAACCCUCCCCAUUCAAGAAAAAGAUGACAUUUUUCUGAAGUGUACUGUAACAGAUGCCAAGGGAACCCCCUUUGGACUUGGAAGUCUCUCCGAGAUAAUCACCAAAGGGAAAAGAAAGGCAAAUUAUCCAAGCUCUAGUCCAACUUCGCUGUUAGAGAUUGAAGAACAACUUCAGGCUGCUCGUUGUAAGUUCGCUGAUCAAGAUGAAGAAAAUGCUCGACGUGUCAGAGAAGAUGCUAGACGUGAUGAAGAGCAACGUAACGCUCAAAACCGCAUUGCAACCUUGGAGAUGCUCGUCUCCUACUUGAAGACCAGUGAUCCUGGGGUUGCAGAAUUCAUGUCUACUCAACCACCAGCCCAUGCGCCAUUCACCACAGCAGCCCCAGCAGCCAACAUCACUCCAGCCACAACGGCCAAUGUCAACCCACCCGCACCAACCACUUCAGGAGCUAGUUCACCAGCUACUUCACCAAACACUUCUCCUUUGUCAGUAUCAUCCUCUCAUCCUUAACUAACUAUUUCUUUCUCUCUUAAGCUUCUAUAACUAUUUUUUGGUUUGUGUAGUAAUAUAUUUCUAUCUCCCUUAGCCUGAACUAUUUUCUGGAUAGGAUCAAUGAAUGAUUUAUAUCUUUUUGGUUAAUAUCAUUCACAUUCGGAAUUUUAUUUUAA